AUGGAAUGUUUGGGAGAGUCCCGCUUCACUCCCCAUCCAAUCCAAUGCCGUUCUUCUCCCCCACCCCUCCUCUCCCCCCACCCCUCCUCUCCCCCCACCCCCUCCUCUCCCCCCACCCCCUCCUCUCCCUCCACCCCCUACUCUCCCCCACCCCCUCCUCUCCCCCACCCCCUCCUCUCCCCCACCCCCUCCUCUCCCCCACUCCCUCCUCUCCCCCCAACCCCUCCUCUCCCCCCACCCCGUCCUCUCCCCCCACCCCGUCCUCUCCCCCACCCCCUCCUCUCCCCCACCCCCUCCUCUCCCCCCCCCCUCCUCUCCCCCACCCAGGAAGUAGCCAAAAUCAGCCAAGCCGGUGGGAAGCAGGACGAGGAGGAGGAGGAGGAGGAGGAGGAGGAGGAGGAGGAGGAGGAGGAGGAGGAGGAGGAGGAGGAGGAGGAGGAGGAGGAGGAGGAGGAGGAGGAGGAGGCGUGUGGGCGGGAGACAAACCCUCCUUCCUCUUCUAAUCAGCCCUCAUGCACUCCAUAUCCCCCUCCUCCUCUCCCCCCCCCAAACAGCAAGGCUGCACACCCGGCAAAGCUAGCAGAAGCGAUCAAGCAGGCGGAGACGGAGGGCAAUGGGCUGCCGGUGCUGCUGGCGAAUAGAAAGGCGGGCGACCGCAUCCGCCAGCUGGCAGAGGCGCUCAUCCGGAUCGGCCAGGCCGAUAAAUGCCUGAAGAUAUACUCAGUGGGGAGCAGCACUGGAAUGGAUGGAGAGUGGAGAGCAGCACUGGAAUGGAUGGAGAGUGGAGAGCAGCACUGGAAUGGAUGGAGAGUGGAGAGCAGCACUGGAAUGGAUGGAGAGUGGAGAGCAGCACUGGAAUGGAUGGAGAGUGGAGAGCAGCACUGGAAUGGAUGGAGAGUGGAGAGCAGCACUGGAAUGGAUGGAGAGUGGAGAGCAGCACUGGAAUGGAUGGAGAGUGGAGAGCAGCACUGGAAUGGAUGGAGAGUGGAGAGCAGCACUGGAAUGGAUGGAGAGUGGAGAGCAGGACUGGAAUGGAUGGAGAGUGGAGAGCAGCACUGGAAUGGAUGGAGAGUGGAGAACAGCACUGGAAUGGAUGGAGAGUGGAGAGCAGCACUGGAAUGGAUGGAGAGUGGAGAGCAGCACUGGAAUGGAUGGAGAGUGGAGAGCAGCACUGGAAUGGAUGGAGAGUGGAGAGCAGCACUGGAAUGGAUGGAGAGUGGAGAGCAGCACUGGAAUGGAUGGAGAGUGGAGAGCAGCACUGGAAUGGAUGGAGAGUGGAGAGCAGCACUGGAAUGGAUGGAGAGUGGAGAGCAGCACUGGAAUGGAUGGAGAGUGGAGAGCAGCACUGGAAUGGAUGGAGAGUGGAGAGCAGCACUGGAAUGGAUGGAGAGUGGAGAGCAGCACUGGAUGGAUGGAGAGUGGAGAGCAGCACUGGAAUGGAUGGAGAGUGGAGAGCAGCACUGGAAUGGAUGGAGAGUGGAGAGCAGCACUGGAAUGGAUGGAGAGUGGAGAGCAGCACUGGAAUGGAUGGAGAGUGGAGAGCAGCACUGGAAUGGAUGGAGAGUGGAGAGCAGCACUGGAAUGGAUGGAGAGUGGAGAGCAGCACUGGAUAGAUGGAGAGUGGAGAGCAGCACUGGAAUGGAUGGAGAGUGGAGAGCAGCACUGGAAUGGAUGGAGAGUGGAGAGCAGCACUGGAUGGAUGGAGAGUGGAGAGCAGCACUGGAAUGGAUGGAGAGUGGAGAGCAGCACUGGAAUGGAUGGAGAGUGGAGAGCAGCACUGGAAUGGAUGGAGAGUGGAGAGCAGCACUGGAUGGAUGGAGAGUGGAGAGCAGCACUGGAAUGGAUGGAGAGUGGAGAGCAGCACUGGAAUGGAUGGAGAGUGGAGAGCAGCACUGGAAUGGAUGGAGAGUGGAGAGCAGCACUGGAUGGAUGGAGAGUGGAGAGCAGCACUGGAAUGGAUGGAGAGUGGAGAGCAGCACUGGAAUGGAUGGAGAGUGGAGAGCAGCACUGGAAUGGAUGGAGAGUGGAGAGCAGCACUGGAAUGGAUGGAGAGUGGAGAGCAGCACUGGAAUGGAUGGAGAGUGGAGAGCAGCACUGGAAUGGAUGGAUAGUGGAGAGCAGCACUGGAAUGGAUGGAUAGUGGAGAGCAGCACUGGAUGGAUGGAGAGUGGAGAGCAGCACUGGAAUGGAUGGAGAGUGGAGAGCAGCACUGGAAUGGAUGGAGAGUGGAGAGCAGCACUGGAAUGGAUGGAGAGUGGAGAGCAGGACUGGAAUGGAUGGAGAGUGGAGAGCAGCACUGGAAUGGAUGGAGAGUGGAGAGCAGCACUGGAAUGGAUGGAGAGUGGAGAGCAGCACUGGAAUGGAUGGAGAGUGGAGAGCAGCACUGGAAUGGAUGGAGAGUGGAGAGCAGCACUGGAAUGGAUGGAGAGUGGAGAGCAGCACUGGAAUGGAUGGAGAGUGGAGAGCAGCACUGGAAUGGAUGGAGAGUGGAGAGCAGCACUGGAAUGGAUGGAGAGUGGAGAGCAGCACUGGAAUGGAUGGAGAGUGGAGAGCAGCACUGGAAUGGAUGGAGAGUGGAGAGCAGCACUGGAAUGGAUGGAGAGUGGAGAGCAGCACUGGAAUGGAUGGAGAGUGGAGAGCAGCACUGGAAUGGAUGGAGAGUGGAGAGCAGCACUGGAAUGGAUGGAGAGUGGCUGA